GCUUGAACCCCUUCAUCGCCUCCCCCUACUAUCUUCCAUAUCCCUACUUUACAUCAAACACGCCCAACCUGUUUUAGCCCCCACCUGUUACCGGUCAAGCAUCUCUCAGACCAUUGAUUUCUUCAACCAGUCAAUUAGUUACCUGUUAACCAUCGAUUUCGCGUCAAGUCACUUCAGGCACGUUUGCAAGCAGGCAGAUGGUUUCGUCAGCGCCUGCACCAUUGAUUAAACCUCCAGUUUCUUACGCUGAAAGUGUAAAAAAGACUCCUCGCUCUCCUAACGCUGUUCGGAACCCUCUUGGAGACUUUCCAACCGUCUCUGGCGCGUCUGGGGUAUCUUCAUCUUCAAGUUCUUCACCACCUUCGAACGCUACAUCUCAAUUACCCAAAUUGCUCAGUUUUGUCGAAGCGACAAGCGGAUCUCAGGCCGGUGCUUCUGAUUUUCCAGAACUCCCUACCGAGAUAUCUUCGCAGCAUACCGUUAAGGACCACAACGGAUCAACGAACCAUGUGCAUUCGAAUGCCAACAACGUGCCAAAGGCGGCGCCUGCUGUGAAUGUAUGGACCGAACGUUUGAAAGAGCAGAUGGCCCAUGCACAUCUGCAUGUCCACCAACCUCAGAGGCAACCUCGCGCAAUAGUCACAUCUUCUGUCGGAGCGCCUUUAGUCCCACCCAGGCUAAGGCCCAUUGUCAUGAGUACUUCCCCGCAUUCAGUUGAUGUCCCCAAUACUGUAUCAUCGACUUCCACAUCUCGUUCGAGUCCAUCGCAGACGAUUUCUCUCGAUGGAGACCAUGAUGACCAUGAUCCUUUUAUCGUGCGCAUGCCUUCACACCUUUCUCGACACUCGUCCUCCAAGUCUAUCCAUCUAGUUAAUGACAUUGAUGUUUCUAAUUGGCAAGAGGCCGCAAAAUCUCCAUCUGUUGACCUUGGAGGAAAUGAUGGUGGCGACAAGUCCCGAAGAUCGGAAAAUCACCCGGGCGCACAUAAUUCCUCCAAUUCAGUUGAUCUAUCCAGAAAGAAUAGCAUCGAUUCUACCCGACAUCAAAGUGACUCAAGACCAACAUCAGCUCAAAUGUCUCGGCUGAACAGCAGAAACGUAUUUGAGGGGAACUCUACAGGUUCGCACUCGAUGCCCUAUUCCCGAGUAGAAAGUCGAGCUGGGAGUUCCUCUUCGAGUCCUCGGCUAUCAAUCCGAGGAAGGCGGCUACCGGAUGACGAUUUCACUGUAGUGUACGACCUUCGUCACGAGGCUCCAAAGGUUCCCUACAAUCCGCCGCGCAUGAGUUCAAGGGUCCCAGAGAGAACUGCAUACCACCAUCACACUUUUUCUCACCCCCCCGACAUUGCAUCGCAUUAUUUCAGAUCUCCGCCCAUACCACCCACUAUUGACGCGCCACUGCAUUCUGCACGGCUGUCGCCGCUACUUUCGGGCAUUCGACACCCGUACUACGCAAAUCCGGUUUCAGGACACACCUCUCCUACGUACGCGGGCUCGCGCCCUCCCUCUGGAGCUGGUACUCCGCCAUACCCAGUAUAUCCUCCAUACACAGCGACAUGCGGAUAUUGUCAUUCGCGCAUUCCGUGGGACGGGUUCGUUCCUCCAAUCCACCCUCGCCCUGUUCCGGGCUUUUCUACACCGUUACUGCAGGACGAGUACAUUGUGCCUCCACUGAUGCAUCUGUCAUUCUUCAAUCCACCCUUUCCAGGCACAACGGAGCCAUUAUCAAAGACCCGUCUAACGCAGAGCGAGCGUUCAUGUGAGAGCUCGCAUGACUCGCAUUUGCCUCCUGUUAUUAUUUCACGAAAUAUGGUCUUUGGGAGUAUCGACGCGACCCAUGAUCACGUUCAUCAGACGCCGGACGAAAAGGAGCCUGCGAAGAAGGAGGGCAAGAAAUCCAUUGGACGAAUGGCGGAACACUUCUCUGGCUUUUACAUCGGCAUUCCACCUGGUGAACCGGUGCCAUCCCGUCAAGGAAAUAAAAAACAUUCGAACAAGAACCUUUCGAAGCCUCCUGCGAGUCCCGUAGCGGAACAGGAAGGGUGUAAGACGGCUGACGAGCAACCGAAUGCUGUUGUCGGGGAAGAUGUGUCAGCACCUAGUAAGAAGUGGGUGUUUGGAACGACAGCGUUUGACAGGCUGAACGGGGCUAGUCCAUUGGAGGAUUCACAGAACACGUCAUCUGAGCACCUACCUCCACCCGGUCAACCUGUGCAACCAGUCGCUCCUCUACCUGACCAGCAUCCGCCUGCUGCGACAUCUGUGGCGCAGGCAUCCAAGAAUGACAAACCUGUCACGCCGCCGAGCAGUAAAAGACAGAAUGGAUCCUCAAUCAUGAAGUCUGAGGAUGAUUCUGCGUUGAGCGACGUCUGGGAGGUAAAGGACUACGGAUAUGGAUUCGGCGACGUGAGUGGCACAGAUAAUGCCACUGAUGUCAUUCGCCGCGCCAAAGAGGCUCGGGAGAGGCAACGACAGUUCGAGUGGCAGAGAGAGCAGGCACAAAUACAGCUGCAGAAGGAACAGGAGCUACAGCUUGAAGUACAAGAUAUCCAUACUCAUCACACGUGGCAGGAGGCAUUUGAAGGGCGGGAACUGUGGGACCAAGUCAAAGAGUUUGGACGUGGGCGACCCCGUCGAGGCUCUUGGGCUGGUUCGUAUGGGCCGCACGAACGGGGCGCUUAUGGGGGUCGAAGAGCCCGAGGAUUUGGUGGUCGCUACCAAGGGCGACAUGCUGGCCGUGGGGGCUACCACCACCAGCAACGGUCCUCCAUAUCUUCUGUCACGCCGCCUCCACAGUUCAAUCCUUUGCCGCUACCUAUGAACGGUUACGUCCAGAUUCCAUCUUAUACACCUCCCGAUUACGAAUUAUACCAUCCCGUUCCCGUUCCAGUGACUAUACCUGUAAACGGCGCACCUCCCAUCCCUUUGCCACAGUCGGCAUUGCCGCUCCCUCUGGAUCCAACAUGGUCGUGUCUUCUUGGCCAGUUAGAGUAUUAUCUGAGCUCUGAGAACAUGGCACAGGACUUCUUCCUUCGGCAGCGGAUGGAUGAUCAGGGAUGGAUACCCAUUUCACUGAUAGCUUCGUUCAACAGAGUGAAAAAGCUUACCACAGAGGUCGAUCUCGUGCGCGAUGUACUCAGCUUGUCCAACUUAACUGAGGUCAAGGGUGAAUAUGUUCGAAUGGCCAGGGAGCAGUGGAAGCAGUUCGUCUUGCCUAAUGCUCCAAGGAGCAUUGUGUGCCAUCCGAUUGGAUCCGAGGGAAUAGAGCCUCAGGACGAUCAGGUCGCUUAUGCCCAGGUUCAGGAGGGUGAAAUAGAAGAAGAAGCUGAUACGUUUGGGGAAGAUGACGACGACGAAGACAUUGUCUUUGUCAUUGGCGAAGAAGCAGAAGGCUCAUGGGCGCCAGAACGACGACCAGCAGCAUCGGAAAGCACUUGAUCGCUGGUAUUGCGCUCAGUGACUCUUCAAAAAGCAUCCUCGAACGAAGUUGAUGACCUUACCCGUGUGCACAUUUCAGUGUGUUCGUGGACAGGUGAUGUUAUUGAUUUUACCUCUUUGUUAUGUUCUUUAUGUGGUUAGUUUGUGUCCUCGUAUUCUCCAUCGCUAACAAUUUGCUUCAUAUGCAUGCUUACACAGUAGUAAUGUUUUCUUCAUGGCAGUAUCAUCCUCGCAUAUCAUAUUAUCGUUCAAUCGUCCUUCACAUUUCCCUAGCUGGCUUUCAUACAAUGUUGUUAGUUUUCCUGCAGUUAUCGUUCUAGUACACGAGCUAUCCCGUCUAUAAACUAAGCGAUCAUUGGGCUCUCUGGAUAGGGCAGAAAUUGCAUAACUCAUCCCUUGUUCUCUCGUUGA